AGCCCAGCCUCCCGUCAGUUCACUUCUCAUCGUAGCUGUUACUACACGGCCGUAUUUGACAGCGGGACCAGCGAAGACCAGCAGCUAUGGCGAAAAGUGAUGGAUGCGAUUACUUUAAAAGAACCAGCCUGUUUUGGCUCGUCUCAGUGACACUCGGCAUGGGAUAUUUCACUUGCAUUGUGUUUGCACCAGAAAAAAUCCCAUUCGGGUACCUUGGUGUGUUUGGCAGCUUCUGCACUCAUCUUGUGGAUAACUAUGCUGGCAUUAUGUAUAAAGGGUGGUGGGCUGCCUGGGCAAUCCAUUUGUAUGAGGCCUAUAUUGCAAUGAGGAUGUGCCGAGAGAAAGGCAUCACAAACCAGACCACUCGCCUCCAGUGGUUCAUCCAGACCUUCCUGUUUGGCUUCGCCUCCCUCGGCCUACUGCUCAAGUAUAACCCUGAACGCCCCAAACAGAACUGACUCCGGCAAGAUGAUGCCAGCUGAACAACACUGCAUAGGCUAAAUCCAGAAAAUCAAUCGCUUCCUUUGAGCCUCUUCUUCUUCUUCCUCUUCUGUUUUUCUCUUUGAUAUGAAAUCCAGCUGCGGGGCAAGUUGAGAAAGACAGGCUUUUCUAUCUCUUUUUACUUAAAAGUAUUGAAAUGAAGACAUAGCUUUGAUAGAGACACUACCAUUAUCCGUCUUCGUUCAUGUAACUUCAUGUGUUCCUAUGAUCGACACAAUUUAAUUCCAUGGAUUUUCUAAUAAUAAACCAGGGACGUUUUUUCUGGAUAAUAAUAUUUACAUUAUAGCAUCAGAGUUCUCUUGAAGAUUUCUUCCUGGCUGAAAAUGUUCGUUAAUUACAACGGUAAUCUCUAAUGAAAGUAUUUCGUUAUUCAAUGGUACUUGGGAUAUUUUCUCAGCUGCUGUAAUGAAGAUGUUACACCAUCUUCUCAUUCUCCAGGAUAAAAAUAAAGAGAGUUGCUGUUUGAAUUAGCUUUUGAUAUAACAAAGUGCUUUGUGUUAAACUUUUAAACUGAAGACUGGAAUUUCUUAAUGUUAACAUUGAAUAAUAAAGCGUUACUUACCAACUGCUGAUAA